AUGUAUAGUAAAUUGCAAGAGAACAAUUGUUAUUCUGAGCAUAUUUAUUUGUUCAGAAUUCAGAAGAAUACAUUAAAACAUAAUACUAAGAUUCAAGAAUAUGUAGAUAAAAUUAUAGAAGCGUGGUGUUACAUAACUAUGGUAAAGUACCAGAGGGAAUUAGAUGCAAAACGCUGCAGUUUCUUAUAUUAUUAUGUAGGAAGUUUAUUACCCGAUAAUUUAAAUUUUAUUAUAUUUUCGAACUAUAUGAAUAUGAUUUACAAUACACUAGAGAACCAAGUAAGGACAUAUAAUUGUCAAAUGGACUACCCUAUUACUACUGACAGUAAUAUUUUCCAUCAGAGGAAGAAAAUAUUUGAUUACUUCUACGACUACAAUGAUUUGCAGAAACUUAUAAGUAAUAGCGGUAACGAGUGUUCUAAAAAAUAUGGUGGUUACCUGAAGGAAGUGGAAGAGGCCUAUAGUUCUGUACGUAAUAAUUGUAUAAGUAAUAUGGAAUAUGAUUAUUGUAAGGAGUUCGAGAAUAAGUAUGGAAGACGCGAUGGUCAGAAGCUACCAGUUUUAGCAUGUUCUACAGUGCAGGAAGUAGAGCCCUCAUCAGACACAGAGGGUGAGGAGUCUUCUUCGCAGAAAGUACCUACUGCAAAUUCUGCACAUCGGGAUAUCCCCGAAGCAGUUGAGGGGCUCCCUAGAACUCCUGCGGAAAUACAAACAUUAGGGGAUGCUGCAACACAAGGGAAUGCUGAAGUAUCCAGACAGGCGACAGGAAGGGAUCCAUUACAGGGGCAACUUGUAACAGUUCCAACACCCUCCCCCUCUACUACCGCCACCAACAAAAGCAUCCUUGCCGUAUCUACCACUUUGCCUAUAGUUACAAUUACAUUUACACACAUUUACACAAAUAUGCACAUAGGCACGUAUUUGCAAAAUAUAACGGAUAAAUUCCUUUUCCCAUGA